AUGGCGACCCUGGCGGCUUUGGGGCCUAGUCGGAGCUGGUGUCUGUGCCCCGAGGUGCCAUCGGCCACCUUCUUCACCGCGCUUCUCUCCCUGAUCGUGUCCGGUCCCCGCCUGUUCCUGCUGCAGCCGCCCCUGGCGCUCUCGGGCCUCACGCUGCGGUCGGAGGCUCUGCGCAACUGGCAAGUCUACAGGCUGGUGACCUACAUCUUUGUCUACGAGAACCCAGUCUCCCUGCUCUGCGGUGCCAUCAUCAUCUGGCGCUUUGCUGGCAAUUUUGAGAGGAGCGUGGGCACCGUCCGCCACUGCUUCUUCACCUUGGUCUUCACCGUCAUCUCCGCUAUCAUCUACCUGUCAUUUGAGGCUGUGUCGUCACUGACGAAGCUGGGGGAGGUGGAGGAUGCCAGAGGUUUCACCCCGGUGGCUUUUGCCAUGUUGGGAGUCAGCGCUGUCCGUUCGCGGAUGCGACGAGCCCUGGUGUUUGGGGUGGUUGUGCCUUCGGUGUUGGUCCCAUGGCUUCUACUGGGCGCCUCUUGGCUCAUUCCCCAGACCUCUUUCCUCAGUAAUGUCUGCGGACUUGUAAUUGGACUAACAUAUGGCCUCACUUACUGCUACUCCAUCGACCUCUCAGAGCGGAUGGCACUGAAGCUUGACCAGAAGUUCCCCUUCAGCUUCAUGAGGAGGCUGUCCGUGUUCAAGUACAUCUCGGGGUCUUCAGCUGAGAGAAGAGCAGCCCAGAGCCGGAAGCUGAAUCCUGUGCCCGGCUCUUACCCGACGCAGAACUGCCAUCCUCACCUGUCCCCAGGUCACCCUGUCACCCAGAUGCAGCAUGCCAAUGGUCAGAAACUCUCCCCCUGGCCAACCUGUACCCCUGACCACAUGCCCAGCCUGCCUCCAUACCAGCCUGCCUCUGGCUUGUGUUAUGUACAAAACCAUUUUGGCCCGACCCCUAACUCCUCUGGUGUCUACCCGGCUUCAGCGGGUGCCUCUCUGGGGGUCCAGCCCCCCACCCCCCACAGCUGCCCUGGCACAGUGUAUUCUGGGUCCCUGAGCACUCCAGACUCCGCCAGCAACAAGGAGUGUUCAAGGGUCCCGAUUCCUUGA